AUGGACGAGAUGUCCGUUGGGGUUUCUCUGCGACCCAAGUACGGCUGCAACGCGCACGCGGAGUUCAUUUUGAAUGUAAGUGCUCCACACACACCGCACUCGACAGCUGCAGUCACCGCAACACUUCACGCCACGUCUUUUGAAGCGCUAACCACUAGCCUGCUCAUGAUGCUGGCCCAAUUCCCGAUCAAAGCAGGCACACAGCAGCACCUACGAGGUGAGGUGCCCACUGCCACCGAAUUCGGUACACAACUUUAG